CGCGCGCCAUCUUGUCUUUUAGUCGCCGCCACUCAACUCCAUUUCCUUCAUUCGUUGUUUGUCUCUCGUCUGAGGAAGUUCGUUGUUGAUUAACUAUAAGAUUUGAUUGCGUUUAGAUAUCCUUGCUGACAUUAGUGAGUGUUUUGAACAGUCGUUAGAUUUGAGUGCUUUUGGAUAUCUCUCCUUACAUCAGCGUGUUAUUGAACCUAGUUUGGAAUACUUUCUAAGUCAUUAUUAGUUACGGUAUCGUGAAUAAUAAGAAAGGAACAUAGUUCAUCAUAAUGGAUAAGGUAGAAAUGAGUUUGGACGACAUAAUAAAACAAAGCAAGGAAUUUAAGAGCACUGCAAGGAGAGGUCGUGGACGAGGAGGUUUCCGUCGGGGUGGACCAACUCAGAGCAAUACCAGAGGUGGUGGAGGACCCAUGAGAAGCAAGAGAGGUAGAUUUAAUUCAGCAACGAGAACUCCCUAUUCUCGAUCUCCUGGUGAUAUCAACAGCCGUUGGCAGCAUGAUAUGUAUGAUGGCCCAGCUUUCAAUAGGAGGAGGGGAUCAGGAGGCCUAGGCGUGACAGGCGGUCGUACAAAACUAGUCGUCUCAAACCUGGACUACGGAGUAUCAAAUUCAGACAUACAGGAGCUCUUUUCAGAAUUCGGCCCUCUUCACAGUGCAACGGUGAACUAUGACAAGUCUGGCCGCUCCAUGGGCUCGGCUAACGUCGUAUUUGAGCGAAAAGCAGACGCUGUCAAAGCUUUGAAACAGUACAACAGUGUUCCUUUAGAUGGUCGGCCCAUGCACAUUGAAUUGACCACGUCUGAUGUUGCCGUUGUGAUGCAGCAAGCAAACCGAGUCAGUGGAAGUGGAGGCUUCACCCGCAGACCAAGUGCUGGUGGACGUUUUGGUCGAGGAGGUGGUGGAGGAGGCUUCAGAAGGGGUGGACGAGGCGGGGGAAGAGGUGGCGGACGAGGAGCGAAAAACAGCGUCCCUACUGCGGCAGAGUUAGAUGCAGAACUAGAUGCCUACGUCAACAAAAUAAAGUAGUGUAACCUGAAAGUGAAUAAAGUGUAUAUGUUGUUAAUGGAACAAUUUUUGUACAAAUUCUAGACCUAUUACCAAUUUAGUGGAUUGAAAUGAUUAUAAUGAUAAAAGACAGUCGUUUUUGCUCCAUCUUGUUAUUGCAAAAAGUGCAGUAUUGAAUUCUUAUUAUUUUAAUUCACUACCAGUAGUGUUUAUUUCGAUUUCAACAAAUUUUAUUAUUUUGUACUUAGGAUAUUUAUACGUACAGAAAUCUCAUACCUGUUGGCAUGUAAGCCCAUUGUACGGUAUCAUUCAAGCCAAACGUGAAAAUUGUUUUAGGCUUAUGCAGUAGUUGUGUUUUAUAAGUAUAUCAGAUUAAAAUAUAUUCUACUUUUUAUAUGAUUCUCAUUUCUCAUCCGAAGUUUUGUAGUGUUCGGUUUGUAAGUUUUGAUUGGCAGGUUAUAUUCUAGUAAUUGUGUGUAAUUUAAAGUGUAGGCCUUCUAUAAGGUGUUGCAUUUUUUUUUUUUUAAUUUACCUGCUUUAGCUGAUAAUUAGUUUAAUUAAAACUUGUCAUACAUUGAAUAAUAUUUCUCUUAACUUGAAAUUACUUAAGAUUUUAAAAGGAGGUAAACAGAAAUUUCAGUGACAGCACUAACUAAAUCAGUAAAUGACACUUUUGUUAUCUUCUUAAUCAAUUCUUGAAUUUUUCUCUUUAGUGAUGGAUUUGAAAAACUGUGUAAACAGUCCAGUCUCGAAAGUCUGUCAUUGAAUUUACUCUUGUUGCCAAUUAUCGUGUUCUAAAAUUCUCAACUAUAUAAUUGUUUAAUGUAUUUAUAUACUUGCCAUUGAUGUAUAAUAGCCUAGAUUAAUUUGUCGGUAAAGAAUUAGUAGGCCUAAAAUAUAAUCAGUAAUUUUUAACAUGUUCGCUGAUGUGAGUACUUUUCAAUUGCUUUGGUGGAAGCUUCAAAUGUGAUGUUUUUAAUUUAGUAAAGUUUUGUUUGUAAAGUUGAUUCAAUAGUAAUGGAGUUUUUAAAUGUAAAAUAUACAAUCGUUAUUCAAUGUUCAAGAAUCAUUGAAAAAAAGAAUUUAUUGAGUAUUAAAUUAAGAUAUUCAUAAUCAAUAUAGUUUAAUUAAAAUUAUCAUCAUGAAUUAUGUAGAGCCAUAAUCUAUAUCUAUUUAUUUCUUCCAAAUGAAAGAUUUUGGCCUGAUCUUAUUACCAAUAUCUUGGAUUUUUUGCAUUGUUUUUUUGUUGUAGAUAUCUUCGGUUAGUUGAUAUUAAAACUUUUGUUAUUUACCUAAUUUUAAUAUGGUUUGAUAACUAAUAUAAUUUAUGUUCAAAUUACAAUUUGAACUGCAUAUUGUAGUACCUCCAUGGAGAUAUUUCUUUUACAGAAAAGUUUCUGGGCGAGAAAGUGUAGUUUUAUUAGUAUAUUAUUUAUUUAUCUUUUUAUAGUAUUUGGGAGAUCCUUAAAAUUCGCCAAUUGUUUGUUUCAAUAAAAAAUACUUUGCUAUCUACCUUGAUCAUGUGUUGAUCAUAAUAUGUGUGUGAUCAUAAUAUGUCCAUCAGCUAACAUGUUAAAGAUGCGUAAUUCAGCAUGUGUGCAUGUCCACACGAAACCUGUAUAUAUACAUAGAAUAAUUUUGAGUUUAUUUUAGAUCGUAUUGCUUUGUCAACUGUUUUGAUAAAGAAAUGUAUUGGAAUAUUCCUGAAUUACUUCACACUUAUGUUAUUUGUUAAAAAGAGACUAUCAUAUUUUGAAAAACUUAAACAAUUAAAAAGCUUUUCUAUAAA